AUACUGAGGGGGAAACUUUCGGCUUUUCUUGAACGCGUCAUCAUCAUAGGAAGUCGGACGCGAACACGUCGAGGUCCGAGGUCUUAUGACUUGAUAAACCGUUUCGAGGUCCAAGAUGACUGAGGUGAGCCAUCAGCAGUGGGGAGAGGUGUCCGGCCUGGGCAGUGUCGACCUGUGGGUCCUCCAGUCCUCCCAGGUGCGGGUGGAGGUCCUCACCCUGGGUGCCAUCAUCAGGUCUGUGUACAGCCGAGGGAAGGAUGGUCAGAUGGAGGACAUAGUCUUGGGCUAUGAUGACCUGGAAGGUUAUGUGUCAGAUAAGCGGUACCUGGGAGCUGUAGUGGGCCGUGUGGCCAACAGGAUCGCACGGGGACGCUUUUUAGUGGAGGGAAAAGAGUACCAACUUGAUAUCAACAAUGGUCCUAAUGCACUGCAUGGGGGGCUGCGAGGGUUCAAUAAGGCUAUCUGGCAUGCCUCAGCAGUGGAAGGUGGUGUACAGCUGAGUCUUACCAGUCCAGAUGGGGACCAGGGUUAUCCUGGAAAGGUUCAGGUCUCUGUCUCCUACACGCUACAGGGGGAAACACUAACUGCUGACUACCAAGCCGUGUCUACCAAAACCACCCCCAUCAACCUCACCAACCACUCAUACUUCAACCUGGCUGGACAGGGUGCAGCAGAUAUCUAUAACCAUCAAGUGUCCAUCAGUGCUCAGUCCUACCUGCCUGUGGAUGACACAUCGAUUCCUACAGGAGAGAUCAGAGCAGUGGAGGGCACACCCUUUGACCUCAGAAAGCCUGUUCUAAUUGGCCCUCGGUUGAAAGAAGUUCCAGGCCCGGGGUUUGACCACAACUUCUGUCUGUCAUCACCCCGAGACGCCUGCACAGAGAGACAUGCUGCCAGAGUUUGUCACCCAGCCAGUGGGCGUGUCCUGGAGGUUUUCACCAGCCAACCAGGAGUCCAAUUUUACACUGCCAACUUCCUGGAUGGCUCUAUGACUGGAAAGGGUGGGGCUAGGUAUGGGAAGCACAGCUCCUUCUGCCUGGAGACACAGAAUUGGCCUGAUGCUGUCAACCAGGCUUCAUUUCCAGACUGUCUCCUGCAUCCUGGUGAGGACUACCGACGUGUCACUCACUUCACUUUCACCACUGUCUAAUCUGACCUCUACAAACAGUGGGACAGAAAGGAAGAAAACUGGAUAUUUUGAAGUAGAAAAUUAAGUACAUCCGUUUUUUCCACUAUAUAGUGUGAUCAUGUACCAUACAGUUUGGCAGCCAGUGCAUUUUUCAGUGCACAUUUAGUUCCCAACUGUUUAGUUCGAUGCAGAUUUUUUUAAUAUGAAGAGCUGUGAGGCAGUGACAUGAUGCUCAUAGUGCAACCUGACCAAACACAGGUAUAAUGCGGUUUGUGAUAUGAUGAUCCUGUGCAAUAUUAAACUAAAAAAUAAUAAAGAGC